AUGUUGCUGUGCGUCAUGUGCCUGCUCCUUGCCUGCCUUUCUCUGACUCAAGGGAAACAAUUGGACAUCUCCUGUAAGCCUUGUGUAUGUAGGGUCACACCCAAUGGAAAGUUGAUCGCCAAUUGUAAGGGCAAACAUCUAUCUAACAUCCCCAAGCAGAUCCCAAAUUCAGUAUCAUACCUGUGUUUGUCUCAAAACAGUAUUAAGCAUCUGCCAGUUGGCUCGUUCCGACGGUUCUCUGCUUUGGAACAUCUUGAUCUGUCUUUCAAUCAACUGAAAAGAUUGCAUGUACACACUUUUGCAGGAGCUACAAAUCUGCUACAUUUGAACCUCAAAGGAAACCAUCUCCAACUUAACGAAUCAGCAUAUCCAGAGGGCAUAUUUAGAGAGCAGAAAAAAUUGCUUACGCUGAACAUCGCAAACAACAAGAUCGCAGAUUCAGUAUACCCAGAUAAAGCGCUUGGUGAUCUUACUGCUCUUCAGAGACUUUUCAUUGACGGUGUUCGGAAUGCCUCGUUUGGGACUGGAUUUUCGAAACUGAAGAAUCUUACUACGCUGUCGUUAUCAGGCAAAAGGGGCCACUGCUCAGUUCAAACCCUGUUGAAUACAUCAUUUCUCUACACCCCAUCUGUCAGGAACCUGGACAUAAGCAAAUGUAGAAUCAACUAUAUUGAAGCAAAUAUAGAAAAUGUUAAAGCGAAGCUCCAAGUACGUUGCAAAAUAGUUAUUCCCCCUCCUGUCUACAGCAGUAGAGGAAUACUGCUUUCCAUGUUGAUAUUUGGAGCUGGUAUGGUGUACCGAUAUCGAUGGAAGCUACGCUAUCUGUACUACACCACAAGACGGAAGUACAGGGGGUAUCAAAGACUUGGACAAGAAGAAGACCAUUUUACUUAUGAUGCCUUUGUUUCCUAUGCUGAGGCAGACAGAGGUUUCGUCAUUGAAGAAAUGCGGGCUGUUCUAGAGAGAACCCACGGCUUGAGGUUGUGCAUCCACGACCGUGACUUCAUGGUUGGUGAAGCCAUUACCGCCAACAUCAUCAAUGCUAUUCAGUCAAGCAGGAAGACCAUUGCUGUUUUGUCACCUAGCUUUGCAAAGAGCUCCUGGUGUGACUAUGAAGUUCACAUGGCCAAGUUGGAGAGCAUCCACACUGGAAGAGAUGUCCUAUGUGUGUUGUGGUAUACCGAUAUACCGGACAAUAGAAUCCUCAGUAGAGAUAUUCGGGACAUGAUUGAGUAUGACACGUAUAUUAAGUAUCCUACACAAGAAAAUGACAAAGAAGAGUUUUGGACGAAAGUCAAAGCUGCAAUCAGCUUUUAAGACUGAUGCAUCUGACGUUAGAUGCUUUUGUAUAAUGAGAUUUAGUGUGAUCAGUCCAGCUGGCAUCAGUUUCUUGGAUAUUAAAAGCAAAGACUUGAUCGGAUUGUCAGCAAUACAGGCAAACAUGUGCAGCUCACAUGACAUAUAUACCGUUCUACUCAUUGAACUUGAACAUGAUUCACUCAUACUUCCCACGAAUGGUGAUCGGAAGUGUAGGAGACAUCGAGGAUCAAAAUGCGUAACAUUCUAAAUUAGCAAAGUGGA